AUGUCCCGACUACGCCGCAGCCUCCGUGGGAUAGCGAAGGACGCAGUGCAAGGCCUAUUGAUCACGAAUGCAGACCCGGCCGGGGUCAUGAAGACACUAGAGACUCGCUUCGGUCGACCCGAGUCCAUUGCCAUGGCGGAGAUGGACAGAUUGCGCGCGCUGCCGAGACUCACCGAGUCACCGCGCGACUUAUGCACCUUCGCCACUAGAAUACAGAAUAUCGUCGGGACUUUACAAGCGCUCAAUUGCACCUUUUAUAUGUACAAUCCAGAGUUGACUAAAGGUUUAACAGAGAAGCUCACGCCUACGCUCAAGAGGCAAUGGUACGAGUACGCCGCAUCGCAACUAGCCGGACUACCGGACCUCGUGAAGUUCAACAACUUCGUGAUGCGGGAGGCCGAAUUCUGCAGUCCGUUCGCCGCCGCCGAGACGAUCGUCGACCGCACUCCGAGCAAGAACAGUGACGGAAUGCAGCGACGACAACAGCGGGUACACGCCGCUACCGAAAGAACGGACGAAGCAAUGUGCAGUCUGUGUGCGCGACAGGGCCACACAAUCGCCGACUGCACAAGAAGAUUCGCCAACGCCGACGUCAACACUAGAUGGGAUGAAGCAAAGAAGCGCAACCUGUGCUUCCGAUGCCUGAGACGUCGGAACAAGCAGCACAGGUGCAAAUCGAAGCAAUGUGACAUCGACGGGUGCGAGCGCUAUCAUCAUCGCAUGCUUCACUCGACACACAAGCCUGUCGAGUCGAAAAGUGAAGAGCAGCACAACAACGAGCAAGUCAACUCUGCGUGGGUGCCGCGAGUGUCCUUCCUCAAGAUAGCUCCCGUACGCAUCUUCGGCCCGAGAAAAGCAGUCGACACCUUUGCGCUCCUCGACGACGGAUCCACAGUCUCCCUGGUAGACGACGACCUCGCGAAGAGCAUCGGGAUCGACGGACCGGAGGAGCCGCUGCACAUAUGCACGUACGACGGGACGACCAGGAACAACGCCGGAUCACGCCGAGUGUCGUUCAAAAUCAGAGGACAAGGUGAGAACCUCCGCACCCAACAGAUCGACGCACACACCGUGAACGACUUGAAGCUCGCCACACAGAAGAUAUCCCGAGAAGCUGUUCGAGACUGCCGACACCUGGACGAAUUCGUCGCGCAUCUCGACCCUCGGGAAGUUCGCCCUCGCAUCCUCAUCGGGCAAGACAACUGGCAUCUGCUGUUGGCAACAAGAACCAAGAAGGGUAAGAGAAACCAACCCGUAGCAUCAUUAACCCCGUUGGGUUGGGUAGUGCAUGGCAGCCGUUCAAGAGCCCUCGAACAUCGGGUGAAUUUCAUCAAUUACACCGCAGCCGCAGAUGAACACAUGCAGAAGUUGGUUGAAGAAUACAUCACAACGGACAACAUGUACAUUCAACCCAAGAGGCCGCAGAACACCAUGGAAGAGAAGGCGUUGAAAAUAUUGGAAGAAAACACAACGCGAAUGCCCGAUGGAAGAUACCAGACCGGCCUACUGUGGAAGUCUGAAGAGGUCAACAUGCCGUGCAACUACCAGAACACAUUGAAGCGAUUGCACAACGUUGAGCGCAAACUCGACAAGGACCCGCAGCUUAGAUGCAGAUACUCGGAGCAGAUGGAGGCGCUAAUUCACAAGGGAUAUGCAGAGCCAGCAGUCCCGACGACGUCGAUGAAGAAGUGGUACCUCCCGCACUUCGCGGUGAUCAACGCGAAGAAACCCGACAAGCUGCGAGUGGUGCACGACGCGGCUGCAAAGACCAGAGGUGUGUCUUUAAAUGACUAUUUAUACACAGGUCCUGACUUAUUGCAGCCGCUUCCCGGGAUACUUAUGCGUUUCCGGGAACACCCGUUCGCGAUCACAGCGGACAUUUCGGAGAUGUUUCUCCAAAUACAACUCCGAGAAGAGGACCGGGACGCCUUGCGCUAUCUCUGGCGAGGCACCCGACGAGACGACAAGCCUCCACAAGAAUACAGAAUGAAGACGCUCAUCUUCGGUGCUUCGAGUUCGCCCUCAACGGCGAUAUUCGUAAUGAACCUCAACACCGAGAGGUUCAAAGAAGAGUGUCCGGAGGCGGUCGCAGCCAUAAGAAGCAAUCACUAUAUGGACGACUACAUAGACAGCUUCGAGACAUUAGAAAAGGCUAAGGAAAUCGCCAAGCAAGUCCGAAGAAUCCACAGCGAAGCCCACUUCGAACUCAAGAAAUGGGCCUCGAACUCGCCCGAACUAUUGAAGGCCCUGGGCGAGAAGUCAAGCAGCGAAACAGUCAACAUUCAAGACAAGCACGAGAGAGUCCUCGGGUUAAUCUGGCGUCCAAAAGAAGAUCAACUGGCCUUCGAUCUGCGCCUCGUCGACGUCCCGCCGAGCCUGCUGCAAGACGAAGACUCUCUCUCCGCUGACAAUCAAGCCGAAGCAGCUGCUGCAGGAAGUCUGGAGACGCGGAACGCCGUGGGACGACCGACUCGACGCAGACAUAGCCGCCAGUUGGAGCAGAUGGCUGACACAAUUGAAGGCUGCCAGCAACAUCGCAGUGCCGCGGUGUUACCUGAGCUACAGCACCGCAUCUCGCCUCGAGCUUCAUCGUCUUCACAGACGCCAGUGAAUCGGCGUAUGCAGCGGUCCUGUACUGGCGCACCGUGGACAGCGACGGGACAACUGCGGUGA